CGCACAGCAUCAUGCUUCGCCUAGCAUACCUACUCACGCUGCUAGCCGUGACGUCAUCACACAAAGCGCAGACCAGGUGGUCCCGCCAGAUCAGCUCCUACACAUCAGACAUUAGCGACUGGGUGCCCCUGUCGGGACCAGUCGAGAGAGACCCCACCCCGCUGCCCCAGAUCAAGAGGCAAGCGGUCGCAGAAUCAAGGAUACUCACGGACCCAUUCCCAGAAGUGUCCAGACCAGUUGGAUUUGGCCAAGAUGCGUUCCCCACCAGAUUCUAUAAUUCACCAGCAAAUAGACAGUUGUAUCUUCAAUCAGUGCCGUCGGUACCAUCAGCGCCGCAGAAUUAUUUGACUGAUCAGGGAUUUGGACAAAGCAUUCGAUUUGGCCUAUCCCCAUCGAACUUCCCGUUGAGCCAAGGCUUCGUCGCGCCUCCGUUUACGUAUGAUAACAUUCCGCAGGUUAAACCAAGACCUCAAGCUAUUCCCGCGCCACAGGCCGUGAAAUACGAGACCUACUCUAAACCCUUGCCUGCUGCUCCUCAGCCAAGACCAGCUGGAAACCAAGCUGCUAAAAUAAAGCCCGAACCUCCAAAAUUCGUAGAUGGAUACAGAGCUGAAAACGCUAGCAACGAAUACGUUUAUACUCAGAAGAAGAAACCUCAAUCACUACAGAAGAUCAAGUUUGAAAAUGCUGAGAAACCUAAAAUUGAAACGAUAUCUCAGGGUCAAAACGUGCCGAGGUCCGAAAAGGAAGAGGUGCAGUUACUAUACGUCCCGAUAGAGUCGUUGAAUAGAGGUCAUUUCAACUUCAGAAGCCCGAUAUCUUCACCUCAGUUGGUUAACACGGACUUAUACUCGCAAAACGUGCCGCGACCGAAUCCCUUGAAGCAAGCGUUAACUGAUUACCAAACCCCGGUCCAAAAACAAUUAUCAGAACAGGAAUAUUUCACAGAAUUUAAUUCGCAAUUGAAGGAUUUCGACCAAGUACCAAAAUACUCAACCACGCCUUACCCCACUGCGGCACCGACUACUCCCAAACCGAAGAAAUUGAAGCCCCAUCAGCCUCCUCUAGCUAUAUUUUUGUCCCAAGAAACCCAUAAAAACAGUCACAUGAAAGUUGGUGACGUUCUGUCAUCUCUAAAGAGUUCCAACACUAUAGCUGUUUUGGACUCUGUUAAUCCAUUGAAUGCUCCAAAUGUGUUCAUCGGUCCUUCGACUUUGGUGCCGCCAGAAAACUACGUAAAAUUCGAGCUGCCUUAUUUAUCUAACAUAGAGAAUAGCGAUAAGAAACUCAAGCAACUGCCGUUCUUCGUGGCGCCUUUGAGUUACAACACUCCUCAGGGAUUCGCCAAGAUUCCGUUCCCUCCCCACGUUGGGUCAGUAGUAAUCAACUCACAGAUCAAAGAGCCACAAACGACUCAAGCGAAUGUACCGAAUGUGAUCCCGAACUCGUACGCCGCUGUACCACCUCCUCCGCAACAACAACGACAAGUCUACAGGGAACAGAAGCCAGUCAUUCAAAAGCCCACGAUCAGUUUCUACAGCACCUCACCACCGAAAACAUACUCUCCAACCAAUUAUCAAUCAAACUACUACUCUUUCGAGCCGCAAAUGGUGUCAUCUCUUGAACCUCAAAAGUUCCCCGAAACGGCAACCGUGCCUCAGAAACCUAGUAACUAUUUCAUUGGCAAUGCCCCUCAAGAAUACAAUCAGUUCAAUAAGUUCCCACAAAACGAAUACAGGCCUCAGGAACCAGCUCAAUACAUUCCUAAGCAAACGCCACCACCCACGACAACUACGCAGAGAACUACGACGAGAACAACUACAACGAAGCCAUCCACGUAUCCGAGUCAACUGUUAGAAACUCACAACCCUUACUCUAUCAACCAAGCAUUCCAUUUCAGUACGCCACUGGACUAUCACAACUACUUUGACGACGUUAAGGAGCCAGUAGCUACUCCACGCACGCCAGAGUUCAGACCAUCGCCGACAUUGAAUCCCAUUUCAACAUCCCCUGCGCCACCUAAGACAGAAGAAGUGGUAACACAGAAACAGACGUACCCACAAGAGGCGGCAUCGCCAAAUUACUCUCAAAACUACAGCCCAGAAAUACAGUACGAAACUGACAUCAAACAUUCCAGAUACCCAGUUUACAACACAAAUGAUUAUACAACCAAGAGUGAAGCGAGCUCUGAAUACAACCAACCACCAACAGAUACUAUUAUCCCCACUGACAACACAGAAAAUGUAGAAACACAACAACCCAUUUUACAAGAGAAUAAUACUGAGAUAUUAAAUUCACAAAAUGCACCCGAAGUUGAUCCUUCGCAAGUAUAUGAAUAUAAUCAAUACGAAACAAAUUACAAUCAAGAAGAAGCUAUCACAAGUACUUCAACAACAACUACCACUACAACAACAAGGCGACCUCUUCGUAACCGUGGGCGACCACGAUACACAACCCCUAGAUCUGACUCAAACGAAUCUACGUCCAGACCCGUAGUCACUAGGAGACCUUUAAGAGAACGUCGACCCUUACCGACCAGACAACGAUAUGAACCGAAUAAGAUAACGACCGAGAAGCCUACUAGAAAACCGACUGAAUCUUAUGAAAGUACUACCAAGACCAUUCGGACCAGAACACGAGGCAGAGUUCAAUAUAAAGUUUCAGAUAAUGAGGAGUUAUAUGAUAGGAGAGUGAAAACCCACAACAGCAAAGAAGAAGAUCUGGCUUACCAAAGAGACGUAUUACACCAAAACUAUCCCGUGACACUGAUGGAAAGGACCAGCACCGUAGAUAUCGAAGCUAUAACAGAACCGGCGCCAAGAAUAUCCUCAACAAGGAAUAUUGAACCUUUUACUGAGACUUAUGACACUGAGAAUGCUUACACUAACGAAAAGGCAUCUAUAACUCAACAGCUACCUGAAAGUGAUACCAAGGAUGAUAUAUUUAUACCCAAGUAUACGUCAAGGGCGACUGCACAAACUGAAACACCUUACGUGCCUAAACUACCUUCAACUCGUAACGAAGAGUAUAUCUAUCACUCUAGAAGUAGUCCGACACCAACUGUACCCGACGUGGUAGAAUAUAAUGAAGCUGUAUCUGAAAGAGAAGACAGCUAUUCAGCUCAAACAACAUCCGCACAAAGAGAAGAACCUGAAACUAAUCAUUACGCUACUGAAACAGCCAGCCCUGUGACAGAAGAAAACGUGCCUAUCUACUCAAUAAAUGACGAAUUGUCUCCUGUAAAACAAGAAGAACCCACGACUUCAUCUGACAUUGAAGUAACUAGAGCUGUGUCGCAAGAAACGACACACGAAGUUGAAGACGAGGAGGAAGAAAAUGUUGUACAAACAACCCCGUCGUACAACAGAGUGCGUGUUCGUCCAGGAGUCAUAAGACAGUAUCACCAAGCUUCUACGGAAUCUUUGAACAAAACAGAAAGAAGAAGACUUCCAGCAGUAACGUAUAGACCAGCCUACGAUAGACGACGAACCACAAUGCGCAUAGAAGAAAUCGAGGCUGAUUUGAAGACAAAACAAGUCCAUUCCCGACCUGAAGUCCAAGAUUACAAGCAUCCAGUUUAUAAACCAGAACCAACUACUGAACCUAGCAGCAUAUCAUCCGGUUCUCAGGAAGUUACGACUAAACGCGGUCAUUUCCGCCGCAGGCGACCAACAUAUUCUUACACAACGACGUCGACUGAAGCCUCUGCUACUCGCAGGACCUAUGAAGCUAAAAACAGAUUUAGGGGUCGCAGGCCUACUGAGAAACCUACGGAUAAACCGGAGCAAGCAUCAGAGGUCACAACAACUACAAAGAACCCUCUUUACACAAGAUAUAGUCAUAGACCUCGAUUAUCAGAAAGAUAUAAUAAGAAGCCGGAAUCUGAAGAAACGGAAGACCAGGAAUCCAACUACUCGAUAAACAGACCGAGAUAUGUCCACCCCGAUAACAGUCGAUGGUCUCCCAAAGUUUCUGGUGAAUCUUUCAAACCGUUUAACCCGAACGAUAUACUAGACGAUAAAAAAAUCGCAACGACUGAAAGAAGAUCGGAUAAGGUUGCCGAACUGGAUAUAAUUACAGCCAGGAACGAGUACGAUGAUAUCCUCGUCUCCGUCACGCCAGCGUCAAAUAGGAUCAACAAGAAGAUUCCAGAAAUACCACCAACCCUGGAGGCUCUAGUGGAACAGAGCAAAGUGACGAAAAGCGACUCAGCGGAAUCGAUGUCCACGUUCGAAAGCAUGUUGGAAGAAGUAAUGAAAAGUCUGGAAGAGCAAGACGCGGAUGAAUACACGACCAAUGUGAUGAAACACAAAGGUGGUGAAAUUGGAGAGAUACCGCCCGAGAGAAUUAUAUCAUCUGGAGACUCUUACUCGCUGAAGUCCACUACACAGGCGCAAGAAGGAACGACUAUAGAACCCACUGCUGAGGAAUCUAUCCUUACAAACGAGGAAGAAGACCCGAAAAAUCGACGCCGUGGGUUCUGGAAGCGAGUCAAGGUCCGUCCAGUCACCACAGAGUCUAUCGAGGCGGCCGAAUCGCAGUACUACACCAGCACGGUGAACCGACUGGGCCAGCCCGUGAACAAAUUCAACCACGAGAAAACAGAGAAGAGUGAGAAGAAAAUAACUGUGACUACUUACAAACCAAAUCUACAGUUCAUUAAAGACUUCUUUGAGAAUUAUGACGAGGGAUUAACGAGUGCUGAUCUUGUAGCAGUCGAUAUUCCAAAAAUUAAAUCUAGUGAAGACACUGAUGAUAAAGAAAAGGAAACAACAACUUGGGUAAAAGAAACGCCGACAACUAAAACUGACGUGAACCCAGGAGACUUCGAUCUUGGCACUGGGUCACCCGACCCUACUAUUGAUGACUCAUACUACACUACAACAGAAACUAUCCCUACCAAACCCAGUGACGUUAACAGAUCUGACAGUUUUAGCCUAAUGGACUACCUAUUCGGCUCGACACAGGAAGAAGAAAAAACAGAGACUAAAAACACUACAACUAAAAUAGAUAUUGAAAACAUCGCAAGCGAAGCGUCGAGCAAAAUCGCAACAACAGAAUCUACUUACAUACCUGAAGAAAUAGCAACUGAGAAUGUUGAACCGUCAGGUAGUGACGUCACAGAAGAGAAACCUAAAGAAGAUGAAAAGACAGAGAUUUCAAUCGUCAAAGUUGAAACGUCAUCUGUCUCAUCCUUCAUGAGCCCGACUAAUGUAGUUAGUACUUCAAUGUCGACCCAAGUGUCACAUGAAACAGAAAUAUGCUUUAGAGGCAAAUGUAUUAAAACAAAUAAGGAUAUCUUAUAAGGACCCUCAACACCAAAAAUAUAGUCUACAUGAUGACAACGCACACACUUCGCUUAUGUACAUAGAAUUUGAAACCAUUUAAGAUUAUGUCAUAGUAAUGGUUAUAAAUGAAGUAACUUCAAUAAAUGGUGCUACUAGUGUUGAAAUGUAGCUGAAAUAGAAAUGAUGGAAACAUAGGACUGGCUGAAAAUAUAAAAAAUAUACUCAGUUGUUUACGGUCAAAAUAAUAAACAAUAUGAAUCGCUGUGGUUUUACGUAAGACUAGGCAGUAUGGUCGUAAGAUUAUAGCCUGUCCUCUAAUGAGGAAGAAAAGAAAAAUUUGAAUCGCUGUGUUCGAAAUUUGAAUAAUCGAAAAUGGACCAAUCAGAAUAAAGUAUGAAUGAUCCAGACAUCCAUAGAUAGCGAUUGGAAUAAUUUAUUAAUCAGCUGUUUAUUUUCAACCAGUCGCGUGUUUCGAGACGUGUCCCUAAGGACGUCUCAGAUGCUAUACCGAACUCCUUUCGAGGGGUUUAUUAUUGUGGUGAAGUCUUGUAAAUAGUACACUUUAGAGGCUCUUUACUCGGUUCCACCUAGUUCUCAUAUAAGUAUUUAGUUUUAGAAGGUUAGAUCGUGGCCACAUCAAAAUAACUCCAAUGUAUUAUAACUUAGAUGUAAUUUUAAUUUUUAUUUUUAUAAUGUAAAUAAUUAGACUGAUACGUUUUUUAUCUUCUAUUUAAUUAAAUCUAUUUAUUUCCGCACUAGAUCUUAAUUUUCCUAGAAUGGAAAUUUACUUGGAAUCUUUUCUGUCUACCCACCCAAAUCGCUAGCUUAUUCAGUGAAUGUUUUUUACUGUUUAACUGUAAAGACAAAAUGUAACUUUAAAUAAAACUUAAUAAAUAAUA